UUGAGGAAGGUUCAGCGGCAACUGGGCUUUUACAUAAUGGACAGCCAGGGAAGGAAAGUGGUGGUCUGUGACAAUGGAACCGGUUUCGUCAAGUGUGGCUAUGCAGGCUCCAACUUCCCAGAGCACAUCUUCCCUGCGCUUGUUGGGAGGCCCAUCAUACGCUCGACGGCCAAAGUGGGAAACAUUGAAAUCAAGGACCUGAUGGUGGGAGAUGAGGCCAGUGAGCUGCGCUCCAUGCUGGAGGUGAACUACCCCAUGGAGAACGGCAUCGUCAGGAACUGGGACGACAUGAAGCACCUGUGGGACUACACCUUCGGCCCAGAGAAGCUCAACAUCGACUCCCGCAACUGCAAGAUCCUGCUGACCGAGCCCCCCAUGAACCCCACCAAGAACCGGGAGAAAAUCAUCGAGGUGAUGUUUGAGACCUACCAGUUUGCAGGAGUCUACAUCGCCAUUCAGGCCGUGCUGACGCUCUACGCCCAAGGCCUCCUGACCGGCGUGGUGGUGGACUCGGGCGACGGCGUGACGCACAUCUGCCCCGUGUACGAGGGCUUCAGUCUGCCCCACCUGACCAGGCGCCUGGACAUCGCAGGCCGGGACAUCACCCGCUACCUCAUUAAGGUACCCGCUGGGCGAGCCGGGGAGUCCCUCCAGCCACCCCCGCCCGCCCCCUCACCCCCCCCCCCCCCCCCCCCCCGGGUGGCCCUGUCCGGGUCUUUGCAGUUGCUGCUGUUGAGGGGCUACGCCUUCAACCACUCCGCCGACUUCGAGACGGUGCGCAUGAUGAAGGAGAAGCUGUGCUACGUGGGCUACAACAUCGAGCAGGAGCAGAAGCUGGCCCUGGAGACCACCGUGCUGGUGGAGUCGUACACGCUGCCAGAUGGCCGUGUGAUCAAGGUGGGAGGAGAGCGGUUCGAGGCCCCCGAGGCCCUGUUCCAGCCCCACCUCAUCAACGUGGAGGGUGUCGGAGUGGCCGAGCUCCUCUUCAACACCAUCCAGGCGGCCGACAUAGACACCAGGCCCGAGUUCUACAAACACAUCGUGCUGUCGGGGGGCUCCACCAUGUACCCGGGCCUGCCUUCCCGGCUGGAGAGGGAGCUCAAGCAGCUGUACCUGGAGCGCGUGCUCAAGGGCGACGUGGACAAGCUUUCGAGAAACAUGAAGGCCUUCACCGGGGGAGCGCUCAGCCGCAUCAUGAACUUAUUACACGCCUCCGUGUCCCCUGUCUUGCAGAAAUUUAAGAUCCGGAUCGAGGAUCCUCCCAGGCGAAAGCACAUGGUGUUCCUGGGCGGAGCCGUGCUGGCCGACAUCAUGAAGGACAAGGACAACUUCUGGCUGACCCGGGAGGAGAUCGGCUCCCACUUUUCCUCACAAGCCCCAAGAACUAAUUUCAUCUUUGCAGAUCCUCCCCUCACAUAG